AGCACCGCAGAAUGGGGGAAGUUCGCUUUUAAAGAAAGAAACGACUUUUUUUCCUGCACGAGCGAUGUUUUAAUACAGCAGAGCGUGUUGAGACACAUCUUUUAAUUGGAGCAUAAAAGUGGCGCUAUAGCAGACAAUGUCUUGUUAAAUUCCGUGGGAAUAGCUUGUUUUGAAAACACCGCAGUUCACUCCAUCGCCAAAAGGCCCAUCACCGACGAAAGCUAAGCGCGCCAGCGAAACUUUUAUACCGUACACCCCUGACGGUCUGGACUGCUGCAGUUCUGCGGACCGGCGCGGAAGAGUCGUGGAGGAAAACGACGUCGCUACACUAGACGUGUUGCCUAUGGACGAGUACAGUCCCCUUUCUCCAAAGGCAAAUGCUUUCCGUAUUGCCUCGCUGAUUUCGGCAGCGGAACAAGCAGGAAACGCAACAUUUGCCAAACACGGCGCUGGCCCAGACAAGUACGCCGCGCAAAACUCCUUUAAAAUGCACUACAGCACAGUCACGAGGGAGAUGGAAGCCUUCACCACCAGCAGCCUCAACAGCCUGAGCACACCCGGGACCUACCACCUCUCGCCUUCUCCCGGAGACCCGUACAGUCAACACGAAGCCCACUUCGAGCCCUGCCCGGGCCCUCAGCACGGCUACACCUACUCGGGCUCCAACCCCGGGCAGCCUCCGCCAGGAGACAGCGGCACGUCGAACUGCCCCACGUCCUCCUCGAACUCCACGCCGAACAAGUCGCUGAUAAAGAAGAACCCGAAAGUGACGAAUAUUAACGUGCAGCUUGAGAUGAAGGCUCUCUGGGACGAGUUCAACCAACUUGGAACCGAAAUGAUUGUCACGAAGGCUGGAAGGCGAAUGUUUCCUACUUUCCAAGUCAAAAUAUUUGGAAUGGACCCGAUGGCUGACUACAUGCUAUUAAUGGACUUUUUACCGGUUGACGAUAAGCGAUAUAGGUAUGCUUUUCACAGCUCCUCGUGGCUGGUGGCCGGUAAGGCUGACCCCGCUACGCCCGGUAGAGUACACUACCAUCCAGACUCUCCCGCCAAGGGCGCCCAGUGGAUGAAACAAAUCGUUUCCUUCGAUAAAUUAAAACUCACCAACAACCUACUGGACGACAACGGGCACAUUAUUCUGAACUCAAUGCACAGAUACCAGCCAAGGUUCCACGUGGUCUACGUAGACCCACGGAAGGACAGCGAGAAAUACGCCGAUGAGAAUUAUAAGACGUUUGUUUUCGAAGAGACCAGGUUCACGGCAGUCACAGCCUAUCAGAACCACAGGAUAACACAGUUAAAAAUAGCAAGUAAUCCGUUUGCAAAGGGAUUUAGAGACUGUGAUCCAGAGGACUGGCCUAGGAACCACAGACCAGGCUCUCUGCCAAUAAUCAGCGCGUUUGCUCGGACAAGGAAUCCAAUGUCCUCUCCUCCGCAACAGAAUGGCACAGAGAAAGAAGACAGCAGGAGAGACUAUGACCGGGAUCCCACCGGAACACCCAUUCACGCAGACCCCGCCCACCAGCUGAUGUCACGGGUCCUCAGUCCUGCAUUGCCUGUCCCCGGGGGUCUCCAUGCUGUGCCCCUCACAGCUGGUCCCCGAAGUCCCUCCCAUGAACUGCGUAUCGACGGGCACCCCCAGCCACCAGAGACCCUCCACCAUCACCCAUACAAGUACCCCACUACCUACGAACAUUACCUGGGGGCCAAGAGCAGGCCGUCUCCCUACCCGCUACCCGGCAUCAGGAGUCAUGGCUACCACCCACACAUGAACCCGCCCACAGCAAACAUGUACUCACCCAGCGGAGGUCCCACCAAUUAUGACUAUGGCCCCAGAUAAUGACUGACACUAUGCCCAUAAAGGGCUACCUGCCAGCCACAGCUGAGAGUCCAAAGAGGAAAAAACUAAACAACGCAGAGACACACACAGUUUAUCUCUCUCUGAUUCUCUCUCCCACACACAUACACACCCAUGUGCACCCACAAACGCCAACAACUUCCUUGAUGCAUCAAGUUUUGGAAUGGUUGUGCUGUCCAAGGCAAGCGGUGAAGUGAGGAAAUGUAAGCGGCAUAUUUAUUAAACAAACAAACAAGCAAGCAAACAUACUUAGAGGAGGAUUUGGAGAACUCCGCGGAUGGUAACCUCAAACCUGUCAAGCUUUGUGAACUGUUACCGUAGGACCCACAGGACCCAGGGACGACAGGACAGAGGCCAGCACAAUGAGAGGGAAACCCUUUCACAACAGAACUUCAUUACUGAGAACUGGAACUCAAAACAUUUGUGUUGGAGGCACUUUCUUGUUUUUUGCUUUUUUGCUUUUAAAAAGCCAUAAGUUAUAUAACCUUAAAUCCGUCAAGCUUCUAGAUAGACUGGACAUCUGCAUGUUGUGCUGAUCAGAAGGUGCUGACAUCCAUUUUAAAUAUCCUCUUGUUUGUUUGUGUCCUGAUUGAGAACUCUCCACGCUUGGGAGAUAGGAGGCCAUUUUAAGCGGCUCCGGGACGCUUGUACCAUGGCACUGACGUUCAGUAAUUCAGAAUAAAUGUGGACAGAAUGA